AUGGCUACUAACAAACAAAAUUUACUCAAUCAACUAGACGAGUUUCACCGCACGCUUACUCCCACUUUGAGCUCUAGUAAUAAAGAUUUAUUUACUAAUGAGUUCGCCAAGGUCAAAGCCUUAGCUAAUGGAAUUAUCGAACUAAUUAACCUACUGAAAAAAGUCACUACUAAUCAGACUAAUUUGGAAGCGAAUAUUGCUACCCAGGUACAAGAGAGGGAAAAAGAAUUAAUGGUCGACCUCAGCCAAAAGUUUAAUGAGCGGCUCGCCCAAGAAAAAGCAAAAAUUACCGAGUUAAGUAAAAGAAAUCAUGGAAGGUUGGGAAAAAGAACUUGGGGGUUACCAAAACGAGCCAGAAAAAGUGGGAUACCUAAAUCACAACUAGAACGACUUCGCAUGAAAACAGCAAGUAGCCAGGAAAGACAAGAAAUACUAGACAAAACCAGGAAUAACAUUGAGCAAAAAAAGGCACAACUUACCGCCAUGACCGAACUUAUUAAUUUAGACCCUGAACCCCAAAGAGAGGAGUUUUCCAACGAUACUGAAUACUCGCAAGCUCUAGCCGCCUGA